UACAGAAUGGAUUUUUGGAAUGACUCAGUGACAGUUUUUGAGUUACUUCGCAUGAUUUGAAUCUUAAAAUUUUAAAACUUUUGCUUUCAUCCUUUCAACAUGGGUUAUACGUUAUGUGUGAUAGGAUGCGGGACGAUGGGCAUCGCUAUCAUAUCUGGGGUAAUAGAUAGCUUGCAAUCAAAAGAUCGUGCUCGCUCUUUCCCAAAGUGGGAGUCGCAUACUCCUGGGACUUCCACACCUGCUGUCGAUAUCGAGUCAGACCCAUCUCUGCCCUCAUAUUUCAUUGCCUGUGUAACCAGAGAGGAAAGCGCCAGAAAACUUGGGCACACCUUCGCUGCUCUUGGAGGAUUUGGCUCGCAGGUACAAAUCUUGGUCUCAGAAAAUGUGCAGGCUGCACAACAUGCCGACGUCAUUAUUCUCUGCUGCAAGCCGCAGCAGGUAUCCUCGAUCCUCACCGAGGCUGGCAUGGCAGAUGCUUUAGAAGGGAAACUCGUUAUUAGCAUCUUGGCUGGAGUAACUAUUUCACAACUCACUGCAUUAGUUUCUCCGUCGACAAAGGUCGUCCGUGCCAUGCCUAACACUCCCUGCAGGAUUCGCGAAGGAAUGACUGUAGUGAGCAACCUUCCACAGUCGUCUCAUGCGGAUCUCGAUCGCACGACCAUCCUCAAUAUCUUCUCCUCAAUUGGCCGAUGUCGCUUCCUUGACGAGAAACAUUUCGAUGCCUGCACCGCAUUGUCUGGAUCUGGCCCUGCGUUCGCUUGUAUUUUCCUAGAGGCAAUGGCAGAUGGUGGUGUGAUGAUGGGACUCCCCCGAGCCGAAGCACUUGAAUUAGCAUCCCAAACCUUGCAAGGUGCUGCACGCAUGGCACUCCAACCUGGUGCUCAUCCCGCCCAAAUCAAAGACUCGGUGACGACUCCAGGUGGUUGUACCAUUGCUGGGUUGUUGGCAAUGGAAGAUGGCAAGGUUCGAUCUACCAUUGCACGAGCUAUCCAGGUGGCGACAGAACGUGCGAGCGAGCUUGGUCAACCAAGCACCAAAAAAUAAGGAUAAUGAUAGCCUAAUCUGUUAUUAUUUGAUCACAUUUCUAAAAGACAUCAGUGUAUUUACAUAAAUCCGUAGAUGAUGGAUAUAUUGUAUAUUGUUUCCCAAUCAAAUCUUCGAAGCUCCCA